AUGGCUAACUUGCCAGAAUUCCUAACAAAUUCUUCACAUCCUCUGUUUCUGCAUUCUAAUGAGAAUCCUUCUCAAGUUUUAGUCACACCGCUCUUGAAUGGACGAAACUAUCAUUCUUGGGCGCGUUCCAUGUCAAUGGCCUUGCGUUCCAAGAACAAGCUUGGAUUCGUCAAUGGCGUGGUGGAAGUACCAGAUCCUGAUAGUGCAGAGUAUGAAACAUGGGAACGAUGCAACACAACUGUAUUAGGAUGGAUUCACAGAUCCAUUUCGCAGACGAUAGCUCAAUCCAUAAAUGAUGCUUGGAACGAUCUUCGUAAUCGUUUUUCUCAAUCUGAUAUUUUCAGAAUCUCGGAUUUGCAAGAAGAGAUACAGAAACUGCAUCAAGGUGACAAGACUAUGACUGAGUUCUUCACUCAGCUCAAGAUCCUAUGGGAUGAGUUAGAAAACCUGAAGCCAAUUCCCACACCUUUGGUUGCUUGUGUUUGUGGCACUGCUGAUGUAAUGCGAACUUAUCGAGAUCAGGAUCAUACUAUCCGAUUUCUUAAAGUUUUGAAUGAUACAUACUCUCAGGUUCGUUCUCAAGUAAUAUUGAUUGAACCAUUGCCUAAUGUCAUUAAGGCUUUUUCGCUGAUAACUCAACAAGAACGCCAAUUUUAUUCUGAAGAUCAACUCAAUGCAAGAACAACUGCACAAACUUUUGCUGCUGUGACAGAUCACUCCAAUAACCGGAGAGGUGCUUAUAAUGGAGGUGGUUACAAUAGAGCUCCUUCUGGCAACUAUGGAGGAAGCUCUGGAAAUUAUGGAGGAAGGAGUAUAAGAGGAAGAGGACGUGGCUUUGGAGGCAGAAACACUCCAGGCAGAUUGUGCACUCAUUGCAAUCGAAGCAAUCAUACCAUAGAAACCUGUUAUCUGUUGCAUGGGUUUCCACCAGGAUACAAAACCUAUAAUUCACAUAUGGCCAACAACAUUUCUACUUCUGAUCUUGAGAACAAUGCUGCCUUCCAAGAUCCAGACAAUCGAGUGAGUUCCAUUGAUAUGAUUCAAGGUCAAUAUGAGAAGAUUCUGAACCUAUAA